GGGGAGCUCUCUUCCUCGGACGGGUUCUCGGCCUGGGUCGGCCGGAUAGCCGGUCCGUCAGCCUUCGGCUUGCCAACCGCGGCCUGCGCGGACGUUCGCGCGGCGCUGCCAUCGAAACUGGCCUAGGUCUCGACAGCCUCCGCCUGGGCGCGCGGCCGUCUCCUGGGCGCCCGUUCUCGCCCCUCGCCCCACCCUUUGGCCCCGCCUUCGCGGAAACGACAGCUGCGGCGGCGGGCCUGGCGCCGCCUCCAUACACCCACCGCGUCUACCCCUGCCACUCCGGCCGGGCGCCGCCGCCUCCCCGCUAGGUCCGUCGGCGGCUCCGCUCGGCUGCCGCCCAAGAUGAACAUCAUGGACUUCAACGUGAAAAAGCUGGCGGCCGACGCGGGCACCUUCCUCAGUCGUGCCGUGCAGUUCACAGAAGAAAAGCUUGGCCAGGCAGAGAAGACAGAAUUGGAUGCUCAUUUAGAGAACCUCCUUAGCAAAGCUGAAUGUACCAAAAUAUGGACAGAAAAAAUAAUGAAACAAACUGAAGUGUUACUACAGCCAAAUCCGAAUGCCAGGAUAGAAGAAUUUGUUUAUGAGAAACUGGAUAGAAAAGCUCCAAGUCGUAUAAACAACCCAGAACUUUUGGGACAGUAUAUGAUUGAUGCAGGGACUGAGUUUGGCCCAGGAACAGCUUAUGGUAAUGCCCUUAUUAAAUGUGGAGAAACACAGAAACGAAUUGGAACAGCAGACAGAGAGCUGAUUCAAACAUCAGCCUUAAACUUCCUCACUCCUUUAAGAAACUUUAUAGAAGGAGAUUACAAAACAAUUGCUAAAGAAAGAAAACUAUUACAAAAUAAAAGACUAGAUUUGGAUGCUGCAAAAACCAGACUUAAAAAGGCAAAAACUGCAGAAACUAGAGCUUCACAACUAAACGCAACUCGCCUUGAAGGAGAUAACAUUAUGGUAAAUUUCUCUCACAUGCUCAACUUCCUGCAUGUAAAAUGGCUGAAGAUUUGGGCAGAGGAAGUGACAAAAUCUGAACAGGAAUUAAGAAUAACUCAAAGUGAAUUUGAUCGUCAAGCAGAGAUUACCAGACUUCUGCUAGAGGGAAUCAGCAGUACACAUGCCCAUCACCUCCGCUGCCUGAAUGACUUUGUAGAAGCCCAGAUGACUUACUAUGCACAGUGUUACCAGUACAUGUUAGACCUUCAGAAACAACUGGGAAGGUGUUUUCCAUCCAAUUAUCACUGUAACAACAAUCAGACAUCGGUGGCACCUAUAUCAUCUGCUGCUUCAUCAAAUGUGAUUGGUUCUUCUUCUUUGACUCCAACAAGUGGCCUCGUAAUCACCACUCCUUCCAACCUCAUUGACCUUAAGGAGUGCAGUGGCAGCAGGAAGGCCAGGGUUCUAUAUGAUUAUGAUGCUGCAAAUAGUAGUGAAUUAUCACUUCUGGCAGAUGAGGUGAUCACUGUGUUCAGUGUCAUUGGAAUGGAUUCAGACUGGCUAAUGGGGGAAAGAGGAAAUCAGAAGGGUAGGGUGCCAAUUACCUACUUAGAACUGCUCAAUUAGCUAGGUGGACUAUUGAAAGAUUACAAAGAUUACCCAUCAUGACACUGUAUUUAUAUACAAUUAACUCAAAAUAAAGCAGGUUUAAGUGUCUUCCAUGUUAAUGUCUUAAGAGACUGAAAAAAAAACACCAGCCAUCAGAAACCAGUCUUUCUGCCAAUAAAAUUGCAUGGUAAAUAUUUCAUUAUGGAAUUUAUGUUAGAGUUUUCUUGCUGAGAAUGUUUUCUUACAAAAUUCUCUUUCUACUGAGGUUUCACUAACAAGCAGCUUCUACUUUUGAGCCCCAACUUAAAGCAGAACUGUUUUCUACUGAAUUUUUCAUUAAUAGCAAGCUUUUCUUUUAUAAAAAUAAAUUUAUUGUGAAUUGAUAUCAAUGACUCAUUUAUUAGGUAUAACUAAUAGCCAAAGAAUAAAAUUCAAGUUUGUUUUAAACUGUUGGUUUAAAAAGACCUCUAGGAUAUAGAACUCUUUUGUGAAGAAUAUGUUUCUGAAUGUUUCCGUAAACAAAGGCAAUUAUUCCAUGUUUACCUUGUUUUCCAACAUAAAUUUAAUGAUUUCAAUGGGUUAUUUGUUGGGGCUGGUGCUGUGGGGUGGAGGGGGCGGUGUUUUAUUAAACACUACUGAAUGGUUUCUUUUAAAUUUAAGAACAACUAGUUCUUGAAAAGCAUUACCAGUUUCUCUUGUUUAUUUGCAGUUAAGGUUCUAAAAUGUCUGAAACAAGUUCAAUUCACUAAGCAAAGUUUUUAAGAUUGUUCAGUUGGCACAAUUUAAUGCAUAAUCAUAAUUGCAUCCAUUAAUAACAUAAUGCUGCUGUAAAGAGAAUUUGUUAUUGAAAAACAAAUCCUUAUAAAAAUAUGAAUUAGUGCAACUACAUUUAUCAUAAAUUGUAUACAAACAAUAUACCUUUGGUUACUCUUAGUCUACUAAAAAAAUGAUCAAAAUAUAUUAAUGAACUUAGGUUAUCUUGAUCAGGAUCUCGAGUUAUAGAAUACACACUAAUAAAAUGAUUAGUGUUACACUUGAAGUCAGAAAAUUGCUGCAAAUCAGCAGAUUGUUUCCAUGUUAGAACUUCUGCUCUCAUUCUUUCAUUCUUCAAAGAGUUGUUGAGGGUCAGGCACUACGCUAAUCAGCUGGGGACACUACCCUGAACCAGAUGCACACAGUCCAUCCCCCUGAAGACCUAAGAGGCCAGUGGAGAAUACCGAAAAAGAAAUAAACGACUAUCAUAAAACAGAAGCAGUGUCAUGAUAAAAUACAGGGUGCUGUAUUUGGGAGCUUUGAGAGUCACUUAAUUCAGAUCUGCGGAAUGGGAGAUGGUUAGGAAAGGGAAGUAUUCCAGGUAGAGGGGAAAAGAUGUGCCAGGUCUGGAACCAAGAGAGUGUAACGCAUUCUGACAACUAUAAAAGUAGCUCAGUCUGGCUUGUGCACGAUGUGCAAAAGUGUUUUCAUUUCUUCAGAGAAUGUUACAAAAAAUGAUAUAUUUUGGUACUUUAAAAACUGGUGAAUAAUACAAAGGAUGUUUUAAAAUGGUGUUCAAGAGCUCAUAAUAAGAGUUCGAUAAACAUGUUGAUAAUUUAGGUCACAUCCAAACUUUAACAGUAGUUGCCCUUUUAUUUUUAUGUUAUGAGAAAUUCUUUUUCAACUUUAUAGUUGUAUAUAAGAUGCUGUAAUUUUGAAUUGCCGUAAAGAACCCCAAAAGCUGCUCAAGCAGUUAGUUAUAGAGCCAAGUGAAGCUACUUUUCCCCAGAAAGGAAGUUCUACAGCCAGCCUAGAUUAACAUCUAUUACAUUAAGUCCAGAUUUAGGCUUUAAAAGAAUACAGAAAAUUCAGGCCUGCUUAAACAGCAACUAUAAAUGAGGCUUAUGGGAAGGAGAAGAGUGAAGGGAAAGGAGUAUAUGUAACUGGAGUGAAAUUGUCCUGGAUUCAAAUCCAGUGGUUGUCAGAUGUGUUCUUUGGGCUUCUACUCAGAUAUUAUAUAAACCACCAUUUCCUUAUUAGUAAAAUGGAGAUAAUAUGCCACCUUAAAGAGUAUUGUAAGGAUUCUAUAGCAGAGGUUAUCUUUUAUGUUAGGUCAUUUUUAGGGGAGGGUUUGGCACAUAAGAGAAACAUCAGUUUCUCCUUGUUAGCCCCUGGAGCUUCCUGACUUACCCAGACUGCAGUCUGUUUAUGACUGUGUACCACAGAUACCUCUGAUUGUACCUAUGCUCUAUUCUGCUCAUCAGUCCUUUCCUCCACCCUCCUUAAAUCAGACCCAGAUCUAGGUUAAACUUCACCACAGUCUGUAAGUUCUUAUCAGAACCUUUAUCAGAUCCUUCUGCUUUUCAUCAAAUGCAUAUUGAUUAUAGCAACCCAAUAAAGUGCAAUCCUUCAAUAGUUUUAAGGUUCAAAGGUUUCUGUGCCUUUGUCUACCACAAGUCCAUCGCAGUAUAUCGGCUUAUUCUUACGUUUAAUGCUUUUUAUUUUAAUGGAGUUGUGUUUGAUUGGUUGUUUGGGCAGGGGGUGGGGGUAUUUCUUUUAUUUUGACUUUGGCCUAUUUUAUAAAGUCACAGGUUUAAUUUUUACUCAGGUAAAGGCCCACAAAGGUUCUUAGGCAUGGAAAAAACAUUUGGGAAGCCUAUUAAUUCAUGGUGCAAUUCAGAACUAUUUGAAUAAGCUCUGUGCCUUGAGUUUAAUAUAAAGGUAUAGUAACAUGUAAUGAAUGCACAUAUGAAUGAAAUAAUAAACUUGGAAAUAAUUUUAGAUGCUUACAAAAAGUGA